AUGGAAUAUGAGCCGAUUAAUUACCUCUUCAACCCCAGUUCCAUUGACGAACUCCAUGAAUGUAGCUUGGAAGCUGCUUUUUCCUUUGAAAGGGAAGAUUUGUUCUCCCUGAACACCGUCCCAGAUGGUGCAAUUGAUGAUGAUGACGACUGCCUGGAAAGAUUGCUCCAGCUUGAGGAAGAUCAGCUGGUGGAAUUUGAUUCCAUCUGCCAAGAUACAGUAAUGGAUCUUGAUCGGUGUGGUUUAGAAAUUGGAUCAGAUGAUCAUGGAAUGACCGAAGAAAACCAAGAAAACUUGAGUGUAUCCACAGAAGGAAAUUCCCCUUUAAGGGGAGUUCAAGAAGAGCUGAUGCAAGAAAGCAGCUUGACCGAUCUGCUAUUGAUGGGAGCUGAAGCUGUUGAAGCCAAAAACUGGCUUCUUGCUUCAGCUGCGGUUGAGAAGCUUAACUAUCUCUUAAUUGAUACAGAGAAUGGUUAUGGAGAUGAUUUAUUUAAAAGGUUGGCUCUUUUCUUCACUCGAGCCCUGCAUUACAUGAGCAUUAAUGCUCUUGAAAUAAGAUCACGAGACGUAGAAGAGCACAAUAACACUAUUUUUGCCUUUCAGAUUCUCCAGGAACUCUCUCCUUUUGUGAAAUUUGCGCAUUUUACGGCGAACCAAGCGAUCAUUGAGGCGACACGAGGCGAUCGGGAGGUUCAUGUCGUUGAUUUCGACAUCAUGGAGGGGAUCCAAUGGCCGCCGCUAAUGGUUGAGCUUGCAAUGAGCAAGGAGAUUGUUUUCAGAGUGACAGCAAUCAUAGUGGACAAGAGAAAUGGUGUCCAUGUUGAACAGACAGGAAGAAGGCUGAGAGAGUAUGCAGAUUCAAUCAAUCUUCCCUUCAUGUUUGAUCAGAUGGUGAUGGAAAGAGAAGAAGAUUUUGAAAGAAUGAAAGUUGGUAAUACUUUCAUAGCCAAUUGCAUGAUUCACCAACUCCACAUGCCCAACAGAACAUUUUCAAUGCUCAAAAACUUCCUGGGUGGUAUGAUCAAAUUGUCCCCAAAGAUUCUUAUUUUAGUAGAGGAAGAAUUGUUCAAUUUUGGAAGAAUCCAAUCAAUGUCCUUUGUAGAGUUCUUCUGUGAGGCACUUCACCAUUACACUGCACUUACAGACUCACUGGUCAACAGCUACUCUGGUGUGUACAAAAUGUGGUUAAGAUUGCUAGAGAAGGAGUUUUUGGGGAGUAGAAUCUUAGAGAGCUUAAAUCAGUUUUCCAGUAAUGAGGAGGAGAGAAUGCAGUGGAGAUCAGAGGGAUUUGCUUCAUUGAAGGGAUUCAGGAGAAUCCCAGUGAGUUCUUGUAAUAUUUCUCAAGCAAAAUCCUUGGUGAGCUUGUAUAGUGGGGGGUAUUGGGUGAAACAUGAGAAAUGCAGGUUGGCAUUGUGUUGGAAGUCAAGGCCAAUGACAGCAGCAUCCAUUUGGGUGCCAAAAACAAAAAGAAGGUGA